AUGCCUCUCGCGUCACUUUUUUCAGAAUCUCCAGAGCCGAAAACCCAAAACGGCUCAGCAACCUCAUUAAUUAACUCCAUCAAUGGCGAUUGUUCUGGUGAAAAUAGGCAAGAAAUGGGUGGCGUUGGAGCUAAUGAAAUCAAUAUUGUACCUGAUUGCACAAUAACCACAAUCAAUAGCAUUGACCAAACCGCCAAUAAAACUGCAAGCACGAACAAAGCAGUCGUAAACAAUUACCAAAGCAAUGCUUCAACAACAAGCGUUAGCACUAAAUAUACAACAACAACAACAAAAACGAUGAAUUCGGUGCACAAUACACUCAGCUCAUCAUCGUCUAACUGCAAUGAGCCGGUUGAAAUAAGCGCAACGCCAACACCAACACCAACACCAACACCAACACCAAUUACUGAUUUCUAUCGAAAUGCCACCAUUCUUAUCACUGGCGGUACCGGUUUCGUUGGAAAAGUACUCACACAAAAAUUAUUGCGUGCAUUUGAGUUGCGUAAAAUAUAUAUGUUGAUUCGUUGUAAAGAUAAUAUGAGUGUGGAGCAGCGCUUGGAGAAUUUCUUCAGCGAAUCGAUCUUCGACACUAUACGUGCCGAGCAGCCAGAUUUAUUUCGAAAGGUGCAUCCCGUUCGUGUGGAUUACGGCGCUAUUGAUUUGGGCAUUAUCUCAGAAGAUAGAGAGAUUUUAUGUGAAGAGGUGGAGAUUGUUUUCAACGUUGUCGCUUCAGUCAAAUUCAACGAAAAGCUCAGCGAUGCAAUUGAUAUAAACGUUUUAGGUACAAAGAAGAUACUUGAUUUAUCAAUGGAAAUGAAAAACUUAAAGUCACUUGUACACAUUUCAACACUUUAUUGCAAUUGCAACCGGAAAUUCAUCAAAGAGCGGGUAUAUGAAAAUGAUAUUGGCUAUGAAAAAAUAAUGCAGAUUUAUCGCAUUUUUGACGAUGAGACAUUGGAAAAGUUUCGCCAUUGCCUGAUCGGUGAUAUGCCCAAUACAUAUACGAUGACCAAGAAAUGUGCUGAAAAUUUGGUUAAUCAUCGGGCGUUCUACUUGCCAGCUGGCAUAUUUCGACCACCGAUCG